AUGGUGAUGCACAGAUUGCGAGGAAUCAGGAGUUAUGUGUUUAAAAUUAUGGGAGGCUGUGAAAAGAAAUUGUUUCCUUUGAAGCAAAGAGUGUUAACCCCAGGGUGUGUUCUCCUUUUGCUCCACGGGGGAGCCUCAUGCUUCCAAGGACAUGGAAGGAGGAAUUGUGAGCGAAGAAGGAAAUCUGUUCAUGGAUGCAUUGUUAGUCCAGACCUGUUUGUGUUGAACUUGGUCAUUGUUAAGAAAGGUGACAAUGACCUUCCUGGACUGACUAAUGUUGAAAAGCCAACAGUGAGAGUUCCAAAGAGGGCUUCCAAGAUCCACAAGCUAUUUAACCUCACCAGGGACGAUGAUGGUAGGAAGUAUGUCAACACUUAA